AUGGCUUUCCGACGUUUAUACAUCGACGGCACAACCUUCAGGGAUUCCAAGAACCGAGAGGUCAUAUUAAGAGGAAUCAACGUCGAUGCCACUGCGAAGUUCCCCAAGACCCCAAAUAUACCGUCAUACGUUUCGAAAGGGUUCUUCGAUGGAGACAAUGUCUCCUUUGUAGGGCGGCCAUUUUCUUUAGAGGAUGCUCCCACACACUUCGAAAGGUUGAAAAAAUGGGGGUACAAUCAAAUCAGAUAUAUAUUCACUUGGGAGGCCAUUGAGCAUAGAGGCCCAAGAAUAUACGAUGAAGAUUGGAUCGAUUUUACGAUCCAAAUGCUGCGGGUGUUGAAUAGGUACGGCUUUUAUGUCUAUAUGGAUCCACAUCAGGAUGUGUGGUCCCGGUUCUCAGGAGGCUCUGGGGCACCUAUGUGGACUCUAUGUGCUGCUGGGCUAGAUCCUUUGAAUUUUAGUGCGACCGAAGCCGCACUUGUCCAAAAUACCUAUCCUGAUCCCGCUUCUUUUACAAAAAUGAUAUGGAGUACAAAUUACACUAGACUUGCAUGUCAGACAAUGUUUACUUUAUUCUGGGCAGGAAAGGAUUUUGCUCCCAAGGCCAUCAUCGAUGGACUCAAUAUCCAAGAUUUCCUUCAAGACCAUUAUAUUUCCGCCGUUAAACAUUUAGCACAGCGUAUCAAAGAAGCUGGGGACUUAGAAAAUGAAGUAGUGAUCGGAUGGGAGUCCAUGAAUGAGCCAAACAGAGGCCUAGUGGGAUAUCAGGAUAUCUCCGUCAUACCUCAAGAACAACAGCUUCAGCUCGGUACCUCUCCGACUGCUUUUCAGGCCAUGUUGACUGGUUCCGGGCGAGCCUGUGAAAUUGCCACCUGGGCAUUUGGGGGUUUUGGCCCCCACAAAACUGGCAGACAGUUGGUUGACCCUAAAGGAGUUUCUGCCUGGCUCUCAACGUACUACGAAGACACCAAGUAUGGCUGGGAGAGAGAUCCCCAGUGGAAGCUUGGUGAAUGCUUGUGGGCACAGCAUGGAGUUUGGGACCCGAAAUCCAAUACGCUAUUAAAAAAGGAUUAUUUCGCCAAGGAUCCCAAAACCGGUCUCCCAUUGGACUAUGAAGGGUUUACCAAUCAGUAUUUCAUGGAUCAUUUCCGAAAGUACAGGGAUGCUAUUAGAAGUGUCCACCCAAAUGCCAUACUCUUUUGCCAGCCUCCAGUCAUGGAAAUGCCUCCUAACUUGAAAGAUACAGCAGAUGACGACCCCAAUAUGGUCCAUGCGGUUCAUUUUUAUGAUGGACUUACUCUGAUGACGAAGCACUGGAGUCGAUUAUAUAACGUUGACGUAGUCGGCAUUCUCCGAGGAAAAUACCUCACUCCUGCAUUUGGUAUUAAACUUGGUGAAACAGCCAUUCGAAAUUGCCUGCGAGACCAACUUCGGUUUCUACGAAAGGAAAGUUUAGAAUUAAUGGGAACUCAUCCGGCAAUUCUCACAGAGAUCGGUAUUCCUUACGAUAUGGACGAUAAGUACGCCUACAAAACUGGAGACUAUAGUAGCCAAGUCAGCGCGAUGGAUGCCAAUCACUAUGCUAUUGAAGGCAGUGGAAUGAACGGCUUUUCGCUUUGGACCUAUAUGUCAACGAACAUACACGAAUGGGGUGACCACUGGAAUGGAGAAGACUUGUCGAUUUAUUCUCUCGACGAUCUUCCUCUGCCUACGGGAAAACCGUUAAGCGAUGUUUCGAAACAGCAGUCUAGCGCUUCCCUUGACCCUGCUUCACCUGCCUUCUCUCUGAGUCGGGCUGAUUCGGUUAGCACUGAAAUCAAGCCAGAUAAUCUUAAAAGGGCAAUUUUUACCCCAUCAAUUUCAGCCAGAGCAAUUCCAAAUCUAGAAUCAAGCGACCGUCUCGGGUAUCGAGCCGCCGAAGCGUAUAUCAGGCCAAGUCCGGUUGCAAUACAUGGGGAUCUUGCACAAUAUGGGUUUGAUCUCCGCACUUGUUUGUUCACUAUGGACGUAACGUCCAUGACUGCCACACCCCGACAUAGCCCAACUAUUAUCUAUCUUCCAGAGUUUCACUACCCAAGCAUGCAUAUCAAUGUCACACUCAGCAGUGGGCAAUGGGAUAUUGACAAAGAAGAAACUGGGUCGGGUUUUGUCCAAUACUUAAGGUGGUGGCAUGCUGAAGGAGAACAGAAGAUUGAAAUUCAGGGAGCGAAAAGAAAGCCUGGCGAGAAUCUGGAAUUCCUCGAAGAUGAACAAUAUCUCAAACAAUGCCGGCGUGGUACCUGUGUUUUAAUGUAA